CUGGCUGAUUUUGGUGAACAGGUAUUGAUUUUAAGCCAUCGGUUUUUGAUUGACUCUGGCGGGAAGUCAUGUCGCCUCGGUCUCGAUAUCCUGAUGCAGACGCCGAUAAAAUCGAGUGUCUGGAGAAAAAAACAGCAGCGCGGGUUCCACUCGUGUCUUUUUCUGAUAAGUGAGAUAAAACUGUCGUAUCGCGAUAACAGCUUGGCAACAUUAAGCAAUCGUGAAAGCCUUUUUCUUUAGCUUUUGUUGUGGGACUCUCCUAAAGUUGUUAAAUAAAAUGAUUUAAAAAAAGAAAGAAAGUAUUUUAAUGAACUGAUGAAACGUCUCCAUUUAAGCCACACAUGGGGUAAACGUGGAACCAUGUGAGGUUUUUAAAACAAACAUUUCAGUCGUGGUAAACGCUCGCAAACAUUUAAUUCUGUACCUUUUGACUGUAUUUUUUUUUUUUUAUAGUGAAAUGAAAAAUCUAAAGAGAAAAGGGAAAGUUUUUGCCUAUUUGAAAUGUGUGGUAAAUGCAGGAAACGUGUAGAAAGUGCAACAAGACAGAGAAAUGACGCCAACAGUUGAGGAGGUGGGCAGCGACGGAGUCAAACGUCUCAGAGCAUCCAAAGGUCGUAAAGGUGGUAACGUGACCACGUGUUGUUGUUUUUGUAUUAUUCCAACGUAAACAAACAUUUAACCCACUGGCACAGUCAGGGGAUUCAAAUUUUCAUUGGACGAGAACCGAUGAGGGAACGAUUUACAUCCAGCCACAAGCCCACGCCUUUCUUCCACUGAGCCGUGGCACGCUGUCUGCUGCCGGGGUUCACAUCGCUCACUCCCACAUGUCACAUCCUGCCGUCGCGCCAGCUUCUCCUUCCAUCCACCCACUUUCGCUCAGUUAUGAAAAAAAAGCCAUAAAUCGUCAUCCACAACCAGAAACGGAGGAAACAGAGUCACCUUUGCUUUGUAAAUUCUUGGCUGAGGAAACUAGAUAAGACGUGACUGAUUUAAAAGUGAACUCAGCUCGGUUGAAAUGCCAGAUGUUUGAUGAGACCAGGGCCGGAUUUGCAACGAUGUGGGGAUCUGGGCUGGAUCUAGUUUUGGUGCCCCGUCCUCUAAAAAAAUACAUAUAUAUUUUUCUACUAAUUCAAAUUACAGUUCAUUAAUAGGUAAUCAUAUACACCAACGUAUAUGAACUGAUGUAUGGUAGGUUUAAUAUGUUCCCUGUCCAACAGCUCCAUGUUGUUCCCAAAGAAAUUGACUAAAACUUCAGAAUUUUCAAAUAUCCUGAAAUUCUUUUUCUUUAUAAAAUCCCAAAAUAUUGAGACAACUCACCGGAAAAGUUCAGUUUCAGUAAUCGUACUGUUUCUAUAUUUUCUAUAAAUAUUGGAUAACUGUAUUAACUCCACCGUAGUGUAAAUAUAAUCUUGUGGCCUUAUUUUAUACCCUUCUCCUGAUUGAUACCUUAUUCAAUGUGAUCACAUUACCCAUUGUAACUUGUCUGUGGACCGGAGCAAAAGUUAAACGAUGCAAAUGGCAAGAUAAUUAUAGGACAACUGGAGCUAACUGUAGGAUUAUCAGGUUGCCUGUAAGCAAUGUGAGACUGAAGGCUGGAACUAAACCUACGGCUGUUUUCACACCUGACAGGCCGGUAGGAUCAGUUGGAUUGAGGACCAAAAUAGCAACAUUUGUUACAUUUUCAGCUGGUGUAAUUCGCAUUUGCACAGUACUUUGUCAAAUGAACCAAACCUUUGACAAACCUGUUCCCCCCCUCUUGCCUGUGGUGGAGCUGCACCAAGAACCAUUGAUGAAGAUGAUAUGAAAGACACGGAGCGCAGCCUCCUCCUUCGCGAAAUGUGAACAAAAAUGGAGCAGUUGUAAGAUUUCUCCUUUGUCUUUGCUAAAAGACUGUGAGCCAUUUUACCUGCUAGCGUUAGACUCUCACAUUUGUUUUGGUUGUAUUUACCCAGAAUCCCCUGCGCUUUAGUCCGCUUCCUCCUUUUGGAGCGGUCUCCGGUCUGCUUGCGUCGCCACCGGAGUUCACGUCAACCGAACGGAGAGCUAGGCUGUUAGGAGGACCAGAGUUCGAUUGCGUAUUCACACCUCCACAAACGAGGGCUGGUGUGACACCCUGGGGGUGUGAACGCACCCCGAUGGGUUCAUUCACACCAGUCCCACUUAGUCCGCUUUAAUCAAACUAUCAGGUGUGAAAACACCCUAAGUGUGCUUCAACUAAGUCCCAUAUGAAGACCGUGUACAGUUUCACACCGUUUUACUGCUAAACUGACCAGUUAUUAGAGGAGGAGAGUUUGGGAGUGAUUUCUAAUGUUCUCUAGUUUUUUAGACUUGGAGUUUCAUCAAAGGUAUGUUCACUUUUUGAGCCACUGCGUUUCAUAAGAGGUGCACUCACUGGUUCUCUAUUUUUUUUGCAAUGCCACCAAAAUAGGCCACUCACUUGGCCUAUUUUGUGCUCAAACUCUCCACCUUUCUUCUACUGCACAACUUUAGUGCAAAACACCAAUCACCUUUAUGGAAUCUACUUUUCCAAGAAUACAAAAGCAGCGACAUUUAUCAGUAAAGAAAUGGACAGGCCUCCACCUUUAGUUCAGUCAGAUGAAAGAUUUGCACAACUACAAUAUUCCUUCUUUAAAUGCCUCACUUGAAAAUAAAAAACAAAAAACCCUGCACUUUCUCUGCUAGAUUUCAGCAUUAUUACAAGGUACCAGUCAAUAAAAAAUUAUAGAUCAGGACAUGACCAAAAGAGUUUUUCUUUUCUUCUUCUUUUAUUUCUCGUCAGAAACAAAAGUAGAUUUCCGGGAAGAAAAAGAGGUUAGGAAGUGGUUUUUUUUUCUCUACUUUCUGUAGUUUGUGGUUGUUUUCUUGCUUGGGUCUCUAUAAAAACAGAGUGGAAAAAAAAAGAGAGUCUGCAUUUUCAGUUUUUCUGUUGGACCUGAUCAGGGGAAGUCCAAAUGUCAGAGGAAGACAGAACCAGAAAAUGAAUGUAGAUUAUUUUUUAAAGCUGUAGGCACAGUUUAAGUGGAGCCCUAACAAGUGAGAUAAGACAGUUUUAAUCUGAUUAUUCUAUUAAAAUUGUUGUGUUUCCAAACAUGCUGCUGCUGUUUUGUACAUGUGUUUUAAGGUUAGAUGAAGUGAGUCACUCAAAUUUCCAAAUAUGACUCAUUGCACAAAAGUAGGCUCUUAAUCUCACUCUGUGGCUUUUGUGCAGAAGCAUAACUUUGAUCUGGACGCGACGCUUCGGGCAUGGUGUGUUCAGCAUGAGAUGAAAGGCUGAAAAUGUUUGCAGAUUUUCAAUCUCAGUCGAGCCAUGCAUCCAUUCAGGCCUGAGUUCAAAGAAGACUCGGUGACUCGGCAGCAGAGUUAUGUUGCAACAUUACUUCAGCAACUUUAGAAAUACUCGAUUUCUACAAUGCUGUACUUUUUUUCUUUUCCUCGAGUCAUUUUAUCAUGAAUUAUUGCUACUCUGACUUGAGAGUAACAUUCCUGGAUACUCUGUCCAUGUUGACUAACUUCACAGAAUGAAGAACAAAGUUGUUUUAACCAGAAAUCCACACAUUUUUCUUAAAGUUUCAUGCUGAAAAGAAAAUUGACUUGGAAAAAUGUUCACGUUUGCCUGAUUUUGUUAUUUUGUAAUCAUCUUACCUAUAAGAAUUAUUUUCCUUUUGGUCUUUGGAAUACCUAAAGUUCCAAAAAGCUUUACAUUUUUGUCCAUCUGAUGAUGUAAUUUUACUUUCUUUUUUUUUUUUUAAAGUCACCUGUUUUACCAAAUCUUUUCUAUACUCUCACUUGAGUAAUUUCUUAGAUGGUUACUUUUUACUUUACCUCAUCAGUAAAUGGUUGAUAAUUUAUCUGCAUUCUGACACUAAUAUAAAUCAAAGGAAAUCCCAUUAUUCAGCUGUGGCCUGCUAUGUUGUUGUCUAGUAAUGCAAACAGGUUAGGUGACAUCAAACCAAACCGACUGGGUCAUUAUUAGCCUGGUAAACACCAGCUCCUUGUUCUAAGCUCCACUUCAUGCGAAGGCUGUCGGCCAUUGAUAAACAUUUGCUUCCUGGUGGCUUGGACUGAAGUUUUAAACUUUACCCAGUCGCCAGCAUUUGCAGACGCUAAUGCUAACUCAAUAUUUGUAAGAGUGACCAACACGGACUGAACGGCUUCGUUCACUUCCUCCACUGGCGUUGCUAAAACUACGAUUCUGAAACGGUGCGGAAAAUGGGCGGCGUCGUUCACAAGCUCUCCUUCUGUUUGCCGAUAGAAAUUCUACUGGAGGAAUCCAGGCCAAUGGGAGAAAUCCCAGACACAGAAGUUAAGGGAGAUGAGAGUCGAGCAGAACUGCUGGUUCAUUAAACUGUCAGUGUUUCAAAUGAUCGUUCUGUUCCAAAGUGGGGGAAAAAAAUUGGUCUGAAAGAAGCAAAGUAAAUCAUAAAGAGUCAUUUUGACUUGGGAUAUUUUUGUGUAAAAGCAAAGAGCUGUUAGUUAAGGUGAAGGUUAUAGGUGGUAGCUGAAGGUCACCAACCUGAUCGGAAAAUCUGACUAAACGAGAAGAGUGCAAUUUCUUUUCACAGUAACCAUGAAAUAUUACUAAAAUAUCUGCUUCUUCUUUUCUUGUUACUGAUAACACGCCCAAGCAAAAAAUACACACUACACUUUAUUUUUCUUUUUUGCCUCUCUUUUCGGUAAACUAUACGACUUCUAAAAAAGUCCCGCCGUCUAAUCAGAUUAGAAUUGUUUACAGGGGUGGAGGUGCCGUUGAGCAGGAUGUGCACCUGACAGAAAUAGUGGAGCACUUUCUGGUUUUUACAAAAACACUCUGACCUUUUAUUAAACCGCACAAACAGGUGACCAGAGAAGGUGAGAACCCCUGCGCACAGAAAUGAAAGAACACGCCCAGCGCUUUGCAGAAAUAAUUCAAAUAACAACACGAAUAAUAAAAAAAGAGGCAGUCAUUAAUUGUUCCAUUUAUUAGUUCAGGAGAAAAAAAAACUAACAUUGAACCAAAGACUUUCAUGUUCUAUUGGGAUUGCGUUGUGACUGGUUAAAAAGAAAAAGAAAGAGUUUUUAAAAAUGUCUGCAUUAGCACAAUUGACUGAGAAUCCGCUCCAGCUGUUGCUCCUGUUGCUGUUGUUGUGCAGAGACGUUUGCGGGUGGUGGGGAGUGGUGGGGGGGCUCUGGUGUGCUUCCUGGUCGCUUUGCAUUAGACUGCAACAGCCGCAGACCACAAAUCCUACGUGAACCCACACAUGCUUUUCUUUUCGUCCUGUUUGUGACUCACUUCGAAUGCUCCUGUGAUUCUGAUGCAGAAGCUUGAGAGCGACCGGGUUCAGUUGGAUUGUUUGAAACCGUCGACUGUUGCUCGGCAAUCAAGUAAAACAGGUGGGAGGACAUAAAUUGAGGAACUUGAAGAAGACACCGAGCUGCUUCGCAGACAGGAUGAGAAGAACAACAGCUGGAAAGUGACUGAUGCCCUCAAGCCUUCUGGUCACACAUGUUGGAAAUCCAGCCAUCCCAGCGAUUCAUAUCUCAAAGACAAUAACUUGUGAAAAAAUGGCGACCACUAGGACAGGACUCUUUCUUUUCCUUGUACUUCGUAUCUGCAGUGCUAGAGCUGAUAAAUGCUCCAUCCUUCCUCCAAAGAAUCUCACUUGCUACAAUGACUACAACGAUUCUAUGAGCUGUGUGUGGGACAGUUCUCAUGUCCGCCAUCUUACAGACGAUGUGUGCACAAUACAUGCAGAAAAUCAUAUUGCCAACAGGCCCUACAAGGCUUUCUGUGAGCUAAAGUCCAGUGAUGCCUCAAACCCAGCUUUAAAAAGCUGCUCAAUGAAAUUCUCGAAGCCCUACAUUUUCAUGACAUUUCAUAACCUAUCCCUUACUGUGAGAUGCAUGCCGUCUGAACAUUGUGAAGCCAUUUACCAAAUGCCAGCGCAUAACGUAAAGUUGAACCCACCAGGACAACCUAAUGUAAACCAGACCAUUGUGACCUGGACCUCUCAAGUUGAAGAACACUCGAAAAUUACCACGUUCGACUCUCAGCUACAGUGGAAGCAAAAGGAUAAGUCGUGGACUGAUCCAAACAUUCUGAGUAAAAUCGUCCAGUGUUCAAGGAACUGUAAGGCUCAUCUGGAUCCCAGUUUGUUCACACGAGAUGAGACUUACGAAGCUCGUGCUCGCGUGCUGUUCCAGGAGCCAUAUUUAUCGGGAACCUGGAGUGACUGGGGCCCCAUGAGGUCAUGGGUGUCACAAGUGGGAACAUCAAAACUGACCCCAGAGCCGGAUGUGGCCGUUUCCACCAGGGGCGUUUUGACCCUGGCAGGGUUGGGUCUUUUGCUCGCCGGCGUAGGCCUUUGUAUGCGCAAAAAACAACUGAUCUACGUAGUGGAAAGCUUUAAAGGCGGACGAAUACCGGACCCUGGGAAAUCUGAAAUCUUCCAGGACUGGUUUUCUCUGAACUCGAAAGGUCAAGAAGUUAUUCCUGCUUCAAUGCCCGAAAAAUCUGGAGUCCAAACGUGGCUAAGCUCCCACUUCACCGGGGAAUGCGUUCAGUCUUUCUUGAGCUCAGUGGAUAUUGUCUCCUACGAAGUAACCUCCACUGUGGACGCCAUGAAGUUCUGCAGACCAGAAGCAAAAGCGAUGCCAGAAGGCAACAGCUACGACUCCAGCUGCUCCAGCUUCUCCAACCCCAGCUACUCCGAGCUCUGCUCUUCUGACUGCGUUCCCGCCAAGAAGCUGCAGCCCUGCGCGCCCGACGCCCCUUACAAGCCGGCCGGCGGCCGAGGCGAAGAACGGGACGCCGAACGGGACAGCGAAGCCGAGGCGAAAAAAGAACUGGAAAUGGUCAAGUUGCUUUUUAUGGGCGAUGAUAAACAGAAGGCAGUGAUCAUUUCAGACUACGAGAAGGUAGAAAAGCAGCAGCUGCAGCAGCAGGCCGAGAGGCUCAGGCUCCACAGUGUAGAUUCGGGGAUGUGCAGCUGUGAAGAAGUCAGUCAGGAGAGCAUGGAAGGAGACAGCAUCAAUACGGCCGACGGACACGACGAAGGGACGAAGGAAGGAAAACAGGAAGACGAGAAAGGGGAGGGAGGGAACGCGACAAAACUAGAUUUCCAGAUGUUUGGCAGCAGUGGGAACGUUUUGGGCAAAAACUCUAUCCAGAUUUGUUUAGAUUACAAGCAAAUCCCGAGGCUCCGACCUGAAAGCCCCGCGCCUCCGUGCCAGGAUUCAGGCGUUAGCAUGAUAGCGGAGGAGAACGAGGAACAGGAAGGCGGUGCAGAGGACGACGACAAACCCUCCGAAACAACCUGCUUCCUUUUCCCACCUCAUCCUCCCAGGGCCCUGCCACAGCACCCUUUAAGCACCACUCUGAGUUCGUUUUUACCGCCUCUCCACGGUAACGACAUCCUGAAGCAGCUUGCUCUGUCAGGUAGCAUGCUGAGGCAGCCCUGCAGCGACGGCUACAUGCCGGCGAAGCGGAGAGAGAGCUGAUAACGACAGCGGGUCUUAUGUCGCAGUGGGACAGCACUCAUUGGUCCAGCAGAGGGCGGUGCUCUUAAUGAAUGUAUUUUCUCCGUUUUUAUACCAGCUUAUUUAUAAAUAUGAGCUACGAGGCUCAACAUGAGACUUAAUCGACAUGCUAUUUGUAUGAGAAAUGCCUUUCUUUGUAACUAUGGGUACUGCUUUGUUGUGCGCCUGAAAAACCUACGUGCACAAUAUUUUAUUACAUUAAAGCCACAGAACGUCACUUUUGAAAAGCAUUUUUUACACGUUUGCUAAAACUGCCGCUAAGUUAGGACAACAUGAUAUAAAACAAUCGGUGGUCAAAUCGAGCUCCUCUGGUAGAGACUCUUCUUCGUUGCAGAAUGCUACUGGUUAGUUAGCAUGACCACCGAUGAUGGCGGACAAACAGUUUAUGUGUCACGAUGAGUUGUUUCUCCGCCAUUAGCACAUAUCACGAGAUUGAUUGACAACGCUAGGAACCUCCUCCUGGCUCUGAUUGGUUGGUUUACACAAAGAGCAGUGCAUUUUUUCUAGAUAAUUAAGAAUUUAUCUUUUUACAGAUUAUCUCUCAUAUUAUACUGUCGCCACAUAGUAGCAGUUUUUACAAAUUUGGGAAAAAAAACUUUUUUUUUUAACUGUGAAGGUAAAAAAAACCCUGAAAUUGGUCCACUGGAUCAAUUAUGGUUUCUGUGCAAACCAAAUCAUUAAAAGAUAUUCUUUUAGUACUAUAUCUUCAGUACAGUGGUCAUAGUGGGGGGGCAGGUCCAGUUCUGCUGGGGCUCUGGUCCCUUUGUUCCCCCAUCUUGAGCCGCCCAUGAUGAGGUCAACUUCCCUUUACACAAGUCACAAAUUUAUUUUUAUUACAGCGACUCUAUUGUGUAAUUUUGAAUAGCAUGCGCUUAUAGAUUUUUUUAAAUUUUUUUACAAAAGAUAUCGUAACUUUUUCAGGUGAUCACUUUUCUUUUGUUCUUUCUUUCUUGCUUUGUUUUGUUUUUGUCAAAAUGAACAGAAAUGUAUUUCCUGCUUACUUGUUUAUCUAAACAACAUUUAAUAACAUAAUUCCUACGUGCAACAAUGUCUCUGUUUCACAUGUGAAUGGCAGCUUCAUGACGUCUGAUGAGUGAAAAAAUAUUUUUGAACAUUCAUGACGGCUUUUUUAAAAAAAAAUAAACUAUGUACUUAUUAAGAUCUGAGUUUGGUAAAAGUGACGGAAAUUGUUUUAUCUGAUAAUGACACCCACACUGAUCAGAUGACAUAUUGGCAGCUGAUAUAUUUUCCAAUACUUGACCUUAUUUAUUUGCUAUCCAGACGUAGCUGUGCUAUUUUUGACAUUAACGUACAUUAAAUGCAUUUUAAUAUAUGUAUUAAAAUAAAAACA